AUGAGUUCUUCGUUUUCUUACGCGGGUUCGGAUCGCCCGACGUCAGUUGUGGUAGCGGAGCCAGCCACACGCCCAACAUCACAUAGAAACGUCUCCUCUACUGUCGUAGAAAGACAUUUUGGUGGGGUGUCAUCUAAUCCACAGCGUCCGGCAGCAUCUGCAGCCCUCUUUGACUUCGACUCUACUGGAGCAGAUAGUGGUUCCAAUGGAAGUAGCAGUGGGGGAGGCGGUGGCGGCGUUGGAGCAGUGGGUGGAAUCAGUCAUCCCGCCUCUGCUUCAGUUACUCCAAUCACUGCUACCCCUGUGCUUCCAAAUGGGCCAGAGAGACCCCCUCCCACUGGCGCUGGCGGUGAUCCGCCGGCUCCUACUAACUCCAUGGACCUUGUGAGCCUUUUUGAGUGUCCUGUCUGCAUGGACUUCGCGCUGCCUCCGAUUUUACAGUGUCAAAGUGGGCACAUUGUCUGUGCCAGCUGUCGUACCAAACUCUCCUCUUGUCCCACUUGCCGUGGAAAUCUCGAAAAUAUUCGCAAUUUGGCUAUGGAGAAACUGGCCGCUAGCAUUCUCUUCCCUUGCAAGUACGCCCUAACUGGCUGCGCGGAGACGUUCCAUUACACUGUGAAGGCGGAACACGAAUCUGUCUGUGAGCACCGGCCAUACAGCUGUCCCUGUCCAGGAGCCUCAUGCAAAUGGCUCGGUCAACUCGAUCAAGUCAUGCCUCAUCUUCUGCAGAGUCACAAAACCAUUACCACAUUACAAGGUAAUACCUCUGAUCCCCAACUUUCCAUGUCUAAUAAUCGAUUUGCUGUUACACUUUCUCUCCCUCCCGACUUGCUCCACUAUAUAGGCGAGGACAUUGUCUUUUUGGCUACCGACAUUACCUUACCUGGAGCCGUGGAUUGGGUAAUGAUGCAGUCGUGCUUUGGACACUACUUCAUGUUGGUGUUGGAGAAGCAAGAGCGAGUGUCUCCCGACCAGUUUUUCUUUGCCCUUGUCCUCCUUAUCGGAACCAAAAAGCAAGCCGACCAGUUCGUGUACAAGCUAGACCUGACGGCCUCCACGCGGCGCUUGACAUGGGAGGCGACACCGCGGAGCAUUCACGAUGGUGUGCAGGCGGCGAUAGCCGUUUCCGACUGCCUCGUAUUCGACUCCAACGUGGCUCAGUUGUUCGCAGAUAAUGGCAGCCUUGGCAUCAAUGUGACCAUCUCUCGCGCACGUGGUAAUGGUAGUGGCGGAGGUGGGACGAAUACCUCGGGAACUGGAUCUGCUAGUGGAGGGUCUGCCUCUGCAUGGGGUUGA